GUCUGCAUCAUGCUGUGUUGGACUCCGGAUCCGAGUUCAGUCUGUCUAGGUUCGCUGCUCCAUGCGCUCGCACAGGCUUGAUAAGGUUUGUGUGAGAUUGUCCCCCUUCUCCCUGUGACUUCUGAACCUCAGUCGACCUUCUCCCACCUCUCCUUGCUGAGGCCAGACAGUGAUUCAUGGCGCUGGAGAAGCUUGUGGGUUUUGGGAAGCAGCUGCUGAGGGUGAAGGUGGUGGACUGUAACACAGAGGAAUCCCAUCUGGCCAGAUGUCUCACCACAUUUGACCUGAUUGCCCUGGGAGUCGGCAGCACGCUUGGCGCUGGUGUCUAUGUGCUCGCUGGUGCAGUGGCACGGGAGAAUUCAGGUCCGGCUAUUGUGCUGUCCUUUCUGAUAGCAGCCUUAGCCUCCGUGCUGGCUGGGCUGUGCUAUGCAGAGUUUGGAGCCCGUGUUCCAAAGACAGGCUCAGCAUAUCUGUACUCCUAUGUGACUGUCGGUGAAAUCUGGGCAUUUGUCACUGGGUGGAACCUCAUCCUCGCCUAUAUCAUUGGUACCUCUAGUGUGGCCCGUGCAUGGAGCGCGACCUUUGAUGAACUGAUAGCAAAGCGCAUAGAGCUUUUCUGCAGAGAGUACAUGUCCAUGAAUGCACCGGGUGUGUUGGCAGAAUACCCCGACUUGUUUGCUGUUCUUAUCAUCGUAAUACUUACAGGUCUUCUGGCAUUUGGAGUAAAGGAGUCUGCAAUGGUGAACAAGGUAUUUACGUGUAUCAACAUCUUAGUCUUGCUGUUUAUGGUUGUUUCUGGCCUGGUCAAAGGCAGUCUGAAGAACUGGCAAGUGGACCCGGAGGAGAUUCUACAUGUCAGUAACACCAGUAACUCCACCACCAAUGUGACUGAGUUUCUACCCAGCAAAGAAAGUUUGGGAGUAGGUGGGUUCAUGCCAUUUGGCUUCACAGGCGUCCUGUCAGGAGCUGCUACCUGUUUUUAUGCCUUCGUGGGGUUUGACUGCAUUGCUACCACAGGCGAAGAGGCGAAGAACCCACAGAGAGCCAUCCCUAUCGGCAUCGUGGCCUGCCUGCUAAUCUGCUUUGUGGCGUACUUUGGCGUUUCUGCCGCCCUCACCCUCAUGAUGCCGUACUACCUGUUGGAUAACAACAGUCCCCUGCCUGUUGCUUUUAGAUAUGUGGGCUGGGAAGGAGCAAAGUAUGCUGUGGCUGUGGGCUCUCUGUGUGCUCUGUCUACGAGUCUACUGGGCUCCAUGUUCCCUCUGCCCCGUAUCAUCUUUGCCAUGGCUCGGGAUGGUCUGCUGUUCUCCUUCCUGGCCCGCAUCAGUGAGAGGAAAUCUCCCAUCACCGCCACCAUCGCCGCUGGAGUUUUGUCUGCUAUCAUGGCAUUCCUGUUUGACCUGAAGGACCUAGUGGACCUGAUGUCAAUAGGGACUCUGCUGGCUUACACAUUAGUGGCAGCCUGCGUCCUGGUGCUCAGGUACCAGCCGGAGCAGCCCACCAUGGCCUAUCAGAUGACCCGUAUGCAGGAGGAGGUGGAGAUCAGUGACCGCAUCAGUGCCCACAGCAUGGACAGCCUGCCUGGUGUGGAAGAAAGAUUGAGUUUCCAUACCAUCAUGUUUCCAGACAAUCCUGAGCCAUCUGUGCUGUCAAGUCACACUGUCAACAUGUGUGCUUCUUUCAUAGGGCUGUUGAUCCUGGUGUUUAGUGUCUUGGCAGUGCAGGGAGGCCUGGCUUUGUGGAACAUUACAGCUCUCAGUAUCAUCUUUAUCAUAUGUGUUGUCCUUGUCUUCAUCAUCUGGAGACAAACUGAAAGCAAAUCUAAGCUCUCCUUCAAGGUGCCCCUGGUGCCCUUCAUUCCAGUGAUUAGCAUGUUUGUCAAUGUCUACCUGAUGAUGCAGCUGGACAGAGGCACUUGGAUACGUUUUUUAGUUUGGAUGGUGAUCGGUUUCGGGAUCUACUUCUGCUAUGGUGUUCACCACAGCCUCGAAGCGACUUCGGUCCCCUUUGCUCCAGAAAAAGAGCUGAUCAGUUUCAAACCUUUGCACAGUCACCAGUCAAGUGCCGCAGCACCAGAAAAGGAGACCUUUCUUCACAAUGUUUUGCAGGCCAGGGAAGAGGACGGAGAUUUUUAGGCCCUAACAGCAUAUACUGAACACUUGUCCUGAUCCCAGUCUGUCUGUGUGGAAGUAUUAUGGACAGCACUACUCCCACUCUGUUUAUGGAGUGUUCCAGGAAAGUAAUUGUGAACAACUUUAACUCCUCUUAAACACAGACAGCUAAUGAAUAUACACUCAUACUAGUUUUAAAGCAUAAGUGUUCUGUUAUCUCAGUAUUUUCUUGAAUGUGAGCCUCAUAUUUUAUUGUCUGGUUUUUCUACCCCCUAUUUCUGGGGGUAUUUUUCAGGCACAAAUGUGUCAUUUCAGCUCACUGAUACUGGAAGAGUGAUAUUUGUUUCCACUUUGGGUCUUAUUGUUAAUAUUGGUAUGGCAGUACUGCAUCACAUUUGUCUGGUAAUGAGAAGGAUAAAUAGUAGUGAUGCAGUGAUAGUUGUCUUUAAGUCACAUCUGAAUACAACUUUUGCCUCUUUUCCAUUAAGACAAAAAUUAGAUGGUAGGAAGUUGUGAACAUCAGUUCAUAAAGUAAAUAAUUUAUUAAAAAAUACUGAACUGCUGCUCAAACUGUUUUUGCUAAAAAGUGGGAGUUUGCACAAAGAACCUGGAGCAUUUGUGGCUUGUCAAUAAUCUUAUGACACAUGUUCCCUCAGAACCAGAUGGUUGCUUUCAGUAUAUGUCACAGCUGUGGCUUGUAGGUGAUUUCCAUGUUUUUAGAUUUCGGAAUGGAUUAACACAGUUUGACGUUUAUUGCAACAAAGGUUGGCCACUUGGGAAAAAGUGUUAUCUUGAUUGUUGCAUUCUCUUCAACAGUUUAUUUGAUAGUUUUAGUGUUUGUGUGUUUUGAAUAUGAUCAGCAACGUGUAAUAACAUAGUUAACUGGAAAACAUAUUGACAAAAUAUGAAAGCUAGCAAUAAGCUUUUCUCAAGACAGGAAAACUGUGUGCCAUUUCGAUGUGGCCUUGAGGUCAGAUAGGCAGGCUUGUGACCAGAUGGUGUUCUGUUUAUUUGCUUGAUCAAACAGGAAAAAUCACACAGCAAGGUCCUCAAUUACCAAGUUACUCUUAGUGUACAUGGGACACCCACAUGGUUGCACUCUGUGAAUACAUGUGUGAAUAGGUGAAGUUUAGGCAGUGCAAAGUGCUUUGAGUGCUUGCAUCAGAUGGGAAAAAAACACUAUAGAAAUAGUCAGUGUUUGCGCACAUCUUUGAUGGCAAAAAGCAGUCAUAAGACACAAAUAGCAUUGCUUUUGUCAUUGUAUCCUCUCAAAGUAGUUCUGGGAGCAUGUGUUGGUGCUGCCGAUCAACACAUCUAUACAGCAGAAGUGCCUGGGGGGGGAGCGAUAGCUCAGUUGGUAGAGUGAGUCGUAUUGUGACCGAAGGGUCGCGGUUCGAAUCCAGCUCCCAACCAGUCACAGUGUAUGAAUGAGGUGGGGGUCGGAGGGGCCUUAGGUGCAGAAUGGCUGCUAUGUCAGUUUGCCCCAGGGCAGCUGUGGCUACACAAAUAACUUACCACCACCAUUGUUUUCGAGGGAAUGAAUAAUGCAACUUGUAAAGUGAUUUGGGUGUCUUUAAAAGUGCUCUAUAAAUCCAAGUCAUUAUUAUAGUUGCUAACCUCCCUGCUAUACUCCAAGUCCACCAUUACCAAUGUAAUCGACCAUACAACAGAAAUGCUUGGGGGAGGCAACGGCUCAGUGAGCCGUAUUGUGACCGAACGGUCAGUGGUUCGAAUCCGACUAACUAUAGAUAGAUGUAACUGUCUAUCUGUUGCAGGCUGGUCAUCUGUGGGCAUCUCGUUGUCUCUUUUCCUGUUGUUGGGUUUUUUAGCACUGAAGUAUCUUGCCCUGGAUCAUGCACAGGAAGGUGCACUACAUGGCUAUAGCAUCUUAACUAGUGUUCCAUGAAAUUGCAGCUAGUAUGCCUCAUCUGAGUCUUCCAGGGUAGCUGCUCAUUUGACACAGUCAUUUCAGUGGUACCCAAGGAUCCACUGGAGAGACCUAGUACCAAAGAUAUCCAGAUGUCUAUGUCUGUCAUAAUUUUGAGCAGGCCAUCAGCUUUUGCUCAGGUUGUUGAAAAUUACAUGUGUGGAAAUAUAAGACUGCUAUUUUUAAAUGAAAUAGUUAAAUAAAGACAAUAGACAUAUGACCAUGUUAAGUAA